AGGGCGCCGGACCCGGGGGAAGCGGCGGCGCGGCGCGGCCGGCGGAGCCCGAGCGGAGGGGGCGCAGGGGCUCCGCGGCGGCCAGGAGCCCGGGCGGGGGCCGGAGACGGCGGAGCUGCGCGGGGAGGCCGCACAGCGGCGCGGGGAGGCCGGGGAGCGGCGCGCGGCCGCCGGCGUCGAGGCAUCCUACGACGACAUGGUGGUCGCCUACGCGAAAGGCCGCAACGCCACGGCUGCCGGCGCGCUGCUCGACUGGAUGCUGAAGGCUCAGAAGCGGCCCAGGCGCACCAGCUUCGAGGCGGUCAUCUGGGAGCUCUGUUGCGAGGACCAGCCCGAGGCCGCGUACGACUGGCUCAGGAGGACCCCGUGUGCCUUCCGGGGUGGCUUCCACGUGCUCGGUCGCGAGCCCCGCCUGUCGAAGGCAGCAGACCGGCACUGGCCAGGGAGACCGUCGAGGACGCUCGAGGCUGGCGUGAUCCCGGACGGCCGCGUCUUCCGGGA